AUGCAGAACACAAUAGAUGAAAGCGUUUCCGAAGUUAUAUUUGUAGACUUUGGACCUAUUGCCAUUGAUACAAUGACUGAAAAAUGUAUUACGAUUCAAAAUAAAUCUGAUAGGUGUGUAACAUACCGCGUAUCCCUUCUGUAUAUCCUGAACAGCAUCGAUCAGGUUUUUAAGGUUUCAAUAACUUCGGCACCAGUAAAGCCGCAAGAAAAUGCUGAAGUGACAGUUACUUAUAAGCCUAACGUCGUAGACCUAACUUAUACGGAAUACUAUAUCAUUGACGAUACAGAUGGAAACACCUACAGGUUAACUGUCACUGGAAAGUGUCUUGGACCGAAAGUAUCUGUAAGCAAGAAAAAACUUGUAUUUAAGAUCUGUAAAAAUGUGUCGGAGCAAAGAAAAGAAAUAAUAAAUAUAGUCAAUAAGACUGGCCUUGAUACAACCUAUCAAUGGCUUCUCCCAUAUGGUGGGCACGGAUUUUUUCAAAUUUCAACUGGUAGCUGCGGUCUUAUUCGAGCAUUUGAAAACAUUACAACGAGUGUUGUUUUUACUGGUACAGCUCUUGGAGUAUAUACGGCUGAAUUGGUUUUAUUAGUCUUAAAUCAGGAACCUAUAUUUGUAAACGUGAUAGCUACAGUAAGCUUACCCGGCAACGACAAGUACAACGUCGACGAUCAUGUGUUCGAGAAACAUUUGAAACGCAAAAGUCGUUUUGCUCACUUGAUGGAGAAUAGCCUAAACCGUUUGAGUUACAUACCCUCAGCAUCCGUUUUCGAGAGAUACCUCGACUUCGGGAUGGGAAGUGUCACCGAUAUCAGCAUGAAUAUAUCGCAGACUAUAUGUGUCACUAAUCAUGAACAAGUGGAAGGGUACAUACAGUGGAUUCCAGAUCCUGAUAACAUUUUCUUAGUAGACCCAAUUGAUGCGGUGGUGCCAUCUAACGAAUCAAGAUUAUUUACAAUACGGUUCAGACCGAAAAUUGAAAACGAAGCAUAUGGAUACUUACUUUGCGGCGACUACCAGCAUAAAAUCUACAACGAAGAGAAGACAGACGAAGUAAAAUUUAAACACACCUGGUUCCGCAUACCUUGCAUUGGCAAUACUUGGUCUCCAUGUACAGAAUGGCGAAGUGCGUGGGAUUGUCCUAUUGAGGUCACUUUGCCACCAACUGUACCGGCAAGAACCACCUUUACAAAUUUUAUGCUUUCGAACAAGCUCGAAAUACCUAUGUAUUUCAAGUUUCAAGCACCGUUUAAAACGAACUUUGUACUCAUGCCAAUGUGCGGUAUCGUACAAGGGCGUGGAUGGCAAAUAAUAUCGGUGGCACUGGAGCCAAAUUCCUUUGGAGAAUAUUUCGAAUCAUGGGACCUAAUUAUAAAUAGAGCUGAUAAGACCCGAGUCGUCUUAUGCGGUAAUGCUGAAGUGAGUCAAAUUGAAGUGAUGUCCCAAGGAUACAACCCAGCUGUCCAUGCUAUGUAUGAGUUCCCGCCUACAAUCACCGGAUGUACCAACUAUUGCACUGCCUACAUCCAUAAUCUGACGCGAAUGGAAAUACACAUGAGGGUUCUAAACACCGUGGAUUGGCUCGGGGCAGACAACAGUGGAAGUAUUGUACUGCCACCCAAAGAAAUAUUGCGAUAUCACUGGUGGUUUUUUCCUGAGGAAGCAGGCAAAGUCUAUAGCACUACUAUAUGUUGCUCAUGCAUCUGUCUCAUAAAUGGCAGGCCAAUCGGUGAGCCAACAGAAGUAUUUAUUAAUAUUUCUGGAUUUUCGGAACUGCCAGAUUUAAGGGUCCUUCCAAAGACAAUGAAUCUUCACAAUGCGGUUGUAGGCGAAAGCGUUACCUUUACUGCCACGUUAUAUAAUUAUGGAACUUGUUUCUUCACGUCUAAGCUGUACCAUGAUAUUGAUGGCAUGGGAGAUGACUUUAGCGGCGAUAAGUAUGAUAUAGACUCUGCAAUUAACUGCCUUAAGCCAUCAAACCACUGCGAAGUGAAAAUGACAUUGAUACCAUACGGCGCGGGUCCACGUCAAGUUGACAUUAAAUAUACGAUACUGUACCGUUCCGCGUACGGUGAAGUGGAGGAAAUUCAACCAGUCGGGAAAUCCAUAUGCACUGUUUGGUAUGACGGCAUCUACCCUACGCUUAAGAUAAAACGCACCAUCUCCGUCAAAUGCCCUAUAAUUCUCAGCAAUCAUUGUGUAUGGAACAUUGUUAACGUGGACGAGUUUAAUAAGGCUUUAAUGGAUGUUAGACCAAACAGCCCGCUAAACAUAAAUCUUUACGCCCCUGAUCUUUGUGUUAGAUCAGGUCAAGUGGAAUUGGUACUUGUAUUGGGUUGCGUGUACGCUGUGGCCGUGCCAUGGAAUAUGCGUAGGAAGAAGAUCUGUGACUGCGCUAUGGUCGAAAUUCAGACUGGUAUAUCAACGUACGAGAAGAGACAUACAUGUGUUCAUAGAAGCUUCGUAGAAAUGACUCCAAAUAGCGGGAUCGCUACGCCGGACAAUCCCAAUUUACUUACUUUAAAAUUUAACUACGGUUACCAAGGACUUAAUACUUUAUGCUAUAUUAUGACUAUGCCAAACCAAAGGAUUCUAAACAUUUACAUCAAUGUGUAUGCACACCUUAACACUAAAGGUGUGCUCACACCGCUUCGACCACCUAAGACUGAAGACUAUUUGGCCAUUUUAGACUGUGGACGAGUACCGAUAAACAACUUGGAUCCUGUUAUAAGGAUUGUUUGGCUCUACAAUCCCACGGAAGUCUACACAACUUGGCGUUUAUUGCGUAGCAAUGUAACCACCCCGGGCGCUGUGAUCCGGUGCCUCCAAUACUUUGCCGAAGUAUCACCUUUAGACAAACUGGCUAUACCCUUUGCAUUCAUGCCAACAGAGAUGAUCGACUAUGAGGUAACAUUUCUAUGUUCAUUUGGUUACGACAUUGUCAGUAUAUUAGUUAAAGGACAAGGCGGGUUACCAAACUGCGUCGAGACGAGACUUGACAUUCCCAGUUACGUAGAAAAAAUUGCUCGAGCUGCGUAUAGAACCAGUGUGGUUUACCUAUCCAAAGACCAUCUUACUCUGCCAGUAAUGCCAACUCACUCACUUUCGAGAGAAAUUAUAGCUAUUUGUAAUGACACGGAUCACCUUGUAAGAUUCAUAUGGCUACCUGAAAGAAUUGCAAAUAUAGUGAAUAUAGUAAUGACACCAUGGUGGGGAGUUAUACAGCCUAAGAGUACAGAAUGGAUUACAAUGACCGUCUACACCCUACAAGAACCAGCGACUUUCACAACCACAGUUUCCUGUGAAAUUCUGGACUUAACUGAGCGUCGACGCUAUCUGCGAAAUGAGCAAUUGAAAAUAAUCAAAACAGAGCAGUGCGAUCAAGAAUUCAUUAUUACUGAACAAGGAUUAUUUCAUCGCGGAAUUAAUGACAGUCCACCAUAUGUGUUAGAAAUUGAAAAACCACAACCAUCCUAUCUGGCAAUGUCUGUUUCGAUUUCGUCCAAAGGCCAGCGCGACGGGUAUACUAGGAUGCCCUUGAAACAAAUGUGGGAACAGACUCCGCCAUACGAUUUACUAUCAUCUGAGAUGAAUCCACACGAAGGAGGUAGAGAACUGACUUCAAGCGGCAAUAACAUGACGAUAACUGAUAUAAUAAGAAUUAUAGACGGAGUUUUAUGGGAUGCACUGCAUAGUAAGAUAUUUAGGCACCAGAUUGAAUAUUUCUCUAAGGAAGAGAUACCUACGUAUGAAGACUUAGUUAAGACAAUCGAAAAUGACUCAAAGCCAAGAUUCAGCAAACGAAUUACCUCUGGAAUAUGCGACGCCAUUGUCAACAAAGCAAUAUUCAAUGUCUACAAUUUGAACAUUAAACAAGGUGUAUCUAUUCUAGAGGCUGAAUAA